UCUAUGGUAGGUUCUCCGGGCCGGGCCCGCUCGCGCCGCCCGUCCCCCCCGCGCCGCUCUGUCUCUCCCUCGCCGUGUCUCUAUGGUGCGGGGCGGCGCGGUCACGUGGCGCGGGCCGGGCGGAAGCGGCGGGAGCGGCGGUUAAAUGAAGCGGGGCCGGAGGGGCGGCGGGGCCGCUGAGUGCCGGGGUGACCCCUCCGUCCCGCGGAGCCGUGUGGGAGCACUCGGUGCUGUUGGGACAUCUCGACAUUUCAGGUAUCUGCUGUGGGAGCUGCUGCAGGAAAGAAACCCCAAACACAGCUGUCCUCGGAGCUGAGGGAUCAGUGAUGUUUUCCUUCUGGUUGGCCUGGCUGCAGGCAGACAGGGCAGGAACAGCAGUUCCUAGAAGAACACUUGGGGCAGGUGUUCCUGGUGAUAAGUUCCUCAUGUGAGCCUGACUGCCAUGCUGGGGCAUUGACACUCUGGGGUGCAGCUGUUUAAAAUGGCAGAGAGAGGUGGGAAUGAAGAAGUGAUUAACUUGAACAGCUUCAGCAAUCACAGAGGGAAAGACUGGAUAAACCACAGAGAUGAAAGUCUCAUCACAAUAUCAGAUUCCUCGGAUGAAGAUUUGCCUUUGUUGCUGGAAAUGCCAGAAAAGCAGCAGACUGAGGAUGAUGAUGAUGAUGAUAUAGUCAUCUUAGCAGAGACCCCAAAGCAUCAGCAGCCUCUACGUCCCAAUGUCAUCAGACCUGCUGCUCCAUGGCAGGGUGUGGAUGCUGUGGGAGAAGGAGGAUCCAAAAGUGCUUUGGAGCCUUUGAGCACAGACCUGCAGCAUUCAGCUCUGCCCUGUGAGGGAGAUGGGAAUAACCUCACGGUGGAGAGCAAUGCUGGACCAAGCAGGGGUGAGAGUGUGGAUGUUGCCUUGCAGCAGCCAGGACCAUCUGAGCUGAAUGGCCCCAGAGCUGAACUUACAGGUAGCCAGGAGCCUGGCCCAAGUUUGCUGCCACUGAUCAAGGUGCGUCCACAGCCUGCUGAUAACACAGGAAUCAUUAGUCUGGAGAAUGCAGACCUUCCACCUCAGCAGGAGGGAAGGAUGAAAGCUCGGGAAUGGCAAGGAAAGAACUUGGAGCCAGAGCAGAAACUUGAAAGAACAGCUGCUACAGCUACCAGGGAGCAGGGGGAGAUCCAGAAGAAGGGCCAGCUGGAGCCCCGGCACCUCCCACCGCCGGAAGAUGAGCCCCGGGCCGUAGCGAAUGGCCGUGCUCCGCAGCAAGGGCAGCCAGAGGCAAACCCGGCAUCUCUGCGGGCAUACGGAGGGAAGGCUCCAGGGCCGGCCUUCCCCCGGCCCGAGCCGCAGCAGGACGGCAUUCCAGGCCCUGCCUCCCCGCAGCCGGCACAUCCCCCCGAGGAGCCGGGCCCGCAGGCAGGGAGAGACAACGAGCAGCCAGGGCCCGCCUUCCCCGCUCAGGGCUCGCACCACCUUGGCUCGGGGGACGUGCCAGAGCAGGGAGCUGCUGGGCAGGAGCAGGACCUCACUGCGCUGCUCAUCAGAGAGACAGAAGCAAGAUUCCCAGAUGUGAAGAAGGAAUAUAUUGAAGAAUUAAUCAUCAUCAAGAACUGCUAUGACUUAAAUGUACUUUGUAACUUUCUUCUGGAAAACCCAGAUUACCCAAAGAAGGAAGGCAGAGUGGUUUUAAACCCCAGCAGCAGUCUGCUUGCCAGCCAAGAUGAGACAAAGGUGCCUAAAGUGGACUACUUUGACUUUUCCAAACUCGCCCCCCUUGACCAGCGGUGCUUUAUUCAGGCAGCUGAUCUCCUCAUGGCAGACUUCAAAAUGCUGAGCAGCCAGGACAUCAAGUGGGCACUGCACGAGCUCAAGGGGCACUAUGCAAUCACACGAAAGGCCUUUUCAGAUGCUAUCAAAAAGUGGCAGGAGCUGUCUCCCGAAACCAGUGGGAAACGAAAAAGGAGGAAAGAAAUGAAUCAAUAUUCCUAUAUAGACUUCAAAUUUGAGCAAGGGGAUGUGAAAAUUGAGAAGCGCAUGUUCUUCCUGGAGAACAAGAGACGGCACUGGAGGAGCUAUGACAGGCUCUCCCUUCUCCCCCCGGUGCUGCUGGAGCAGGAGUUCUAUGAGCAGAAAGUGAAGGAGAUGGCAGAGCAUGCAGACUUCCUCCUGGCUCUGCAGAUGAACGAGGAGCAGUAUCAGAAGGACGGGCAGAUGAUCGAGUGCCGCUGCUGCUACGGGGAGUUUGCCUUCGAAGAGUUGACUCAGUGUGCAGAUGGUCACUUGUUCUGCAAGGAGUGCCUAAUUAAAUAUGCUCAGGAGGCAGUUUUUGGCUCUGGGAAGUCAGAGCUCAGCUGCAUGGAAGGCAGUUGCACGUGUUCCUUCCCCACCAGUGAGCUGGAGAAGGUGCUUCCAGAAAACAUCCUCUGCAAAUACUACGAGCGGAAGGCCGAGGAGGAGGUGGCUGCUGCCUGUGCAGAUGAGCUCGUCAGGUGUCCCUUCUGUAACUUUCCAGCUCUACUGGACAGUGAUGUGAAGAGGUUCAGCUGCCCCAAUCCCCGCUGCAGAAAGGAGACGUGUCGGAAGUGCCAGGGGCUGUGGAAGGAGCACAUGAAUCUCACCUGUGAGCAGCUGGCUGAGAAGGAUGACAUCAAAUACAGGACAUCCAUAGAGGAGAAGAUGACAGCUGCCCGGAUUAGGAAAUGCCACAAGUGUGGGACGGGCCUGAUUAAGUCGGAGGGCUGUAACCGCAUGUCGUGCCGCUGCGGCGCCCAGAUGUGCUACCUCUGCCGGGCUGCCAUCAACGGCUACGACCACUUCUGCCAGCACCCCCGCUCUCCUGGGGCACCCUGCCAGGACUGUGCCAAGUGCUCCCUCUGGACAGACCCCACAGAAGAUGAUGAGAAGAUAAUUCAUGAGAUUCAGAAGGAGGCCGAAGAGGAGCAAAGGAAGAAGAAUGGGGAGAACAGCUUCAAGCGCAUCGGCCCUCCCGUGGAGAAACCCGUGGAGAAGAUCCAGAGGAUCGAGGUCAUCCCCAGGCCGGUCCCUCAGAACUUCCACCAGCCCCGGAUGCCCCCGUACCCCUUCGUGCACCCCCCGUUCCCGCUGCCCCCCGUGCGCCCCAUGUACAACAACAUCCCCCUCAACAUCGGCCCCAUCCCCGCCCCCUACGUGCCCCCGCUGCCCAACAUGAGGGUGAACUUUGACUUUCCCCAGAUCAACGUGCAGCUGGAGCACAACCUGCCUAUGCACUUUGGCCCUCAGCCCCGGCACCGCUUCUGACCUGCCCCCACAGCCCUUGGCAGAGUCACCACAGGGCAAAGCCACCCCAUAAUGUCACCUCCUCGCCACUCCAGCCUCUCUGGGGUCUAGCCAGGGGACUCGGUGUCCCUGUGCUGCGCCCUCUCUAGGGCUUCUCCAAACCUUUGCGAUCCAACAUUUCAACCUGUGCUGCAACAGGGUUUGGUGCUACAUUUCCCAGGGUGGAGUUCCCCCCUGAGCUGGGCGUCCAGAUGUUUCGUUUAGACACAGCCUGUUCAGACAGCUGUUGGGAGGAAAAGUGAGACUUGGUAGAACACGGGGAUACAGCUGUUCCUUGGGGAAUUUCCAAAAAAUCCUGCCUUCCUGCUGGCCAGAGCAGCAAAGGGAGUCUUGGAGGAAGGGAGGAGACACUUGGCAUCCGAGUAAGCAUAAGACAGACCUUCAGCAGUGAGGUAACAGGAGGCAGCUGCCCCAGCCUCCUGCCUGUGGUGAGGCUCAGGGCUGGGGUUCCUCUGUUCUCCAGCAUCCCUGUAUCCUGCUGGCACCUCCCAGCAGAAAUAAAUUGUUCAACAGCAA